AUGGCUGUCUCUCUCCCCAAUGUCCUCGUUCUCAAACCAACUCCAUUUAUCACUCUUCUUGGUGAACAAUUCUUUGCAUCCAAAAAAUUCACUUUCUUGAAAGCCUAUGACUCCCCACUCCCUCUACACCAAUUCUUGUCAACUCACUCUCACUCUAUAAAAGCCAUCCUUUCCUCUGUUGGCGCACACGUCACCGCUGACAUCCUGCAGCUGUUGCCAGAGGUUGGUCUGGUUGUCACUACUAGUGUCGGGCUUAACCAGGUUGACGUCCCUGAGUGCCGCCGCCGCGGUAUCAAGCUUGCCAAUGCAGGCCAUAUUUUUUCCGACGAUGUAGCUGAUCUUGCUGUUGGGUUAUUAAUUGAUGUUUUGAGGAAGGUUUCGGCGAGUGAUGGAUAUUUGAGGAAGGGUCUUUGGGCUACUAAAUGGGACUACCCUCUUGGUUCUAAGCUAGGAUGCAAGCAGGUUGGGAUUGUUGGAUUGGGAAAUAUUGGAUAUGGAGUUGCUAAAAGGCUUGAGGCUUUUGGGUGCAGUGUCUCAUACUGUUCCAGGAAGAGAAAACCGUUUGUUUCAUACCCUUUCUACGAAAGUGUAUCUGAACUUGCAGCUAAUUGCGAUGUUCUUAUGAUUUGUUGUGGAUUAACUGACCAAACCCACCACAUGAUCAACAAGGAAGUACUGUCAGCAUUGGGGAAGGAAGGGGUCAUUGUAAACAUUGGACGUGGGGCUAUUAUUGAUGAGAAGGAAAUGGUGCGGUGUUUGGUGCAAGGAGAGAUUGCAGGCGCUGGUUUGGAUGUGUUUGAGAAUGAGCCUGAUGUUCCAGAAGAGCUCUUUGCAAUGGACAAUGUUGUUCUGUCACCGCAUAUUGCAGUCUUUACACAAGAAUCCUUUAAGGAUUUAAGGGACCUCCUGGUGGGGAAUCUGGAAGCUUUCUUUACAAAUAAACCACUGCUUUCUGAAUAUGAGGAUUGA